UGAAGUGACGUAUAAAUUUAGAAGUUAGUAUUCUAUCAUUACAAAGCUGAGAUUUCACCCUUCAGUACUUUAGGAAGUGAAGCAACGUAUAGAUUUAGAAAUUGCGAUUCCAUCUUUGCAAAGCUGGGACUUCGCCCCUCAGUAUUUUCGGAAGUGAAGUGACGUAUAAAUUUAGAAGUUAGUAUUCUAUCAUUACAAAGCUGAGAUUUCACCCUUCAGUACUUUAGGAAGUGAAGCAACGUAUAGAUUUAGAAAUUGCGAUUCCAUCUUUGCAAAGCUGGGACUUCGCCCCUCAGUAUUUUCGGAAGUGAAGUGACGUAUAAAUUUAGAAGUUAGUAUUCUAUCAUUACAAAGCUGAGAUUUCACCCUUCAGUACUUUAGGAAGUGAAGCAACGUAUAGAUUUAGAAAUUGCGAUUCCAUCUUUGCAAAGCUGGGACUUCGCCCCUCAGUAUUUUCGGAAGUGAAGUGACGUAUAAAUUUAGAAGUUAGUAUUCUAUCAUUACAAAGCUGAGAUUUCACCCUUCAGUACUUUAGGAAGUGAAGCAACGUAUAGAUUUAGAAAUUGCGAUUCCAUCUUUGCAAAGCUGGGACUUCGCCCCUCAGUAUUUUCGGAAGUGAAGUGACGUAUAAAUUUAGAAGUUAGUAUUCUAUCAUUACAAAGCUGAGAUUUCACCCUUCAGUACUUUAGGAAGUGAAGCAACGUAUAGAUUUAGAAAUUGCGAUUCCAUCUUUGCAAAGCUGGGACUUCGCCCCUCAGUAUUUUCGGAAGUGAAGUGACGUAUAAAUUUAGAAGUUAGUAUUCUAUCAUUACAAAGCUGAGAUUUCACCCUUCAGUACUUUAGGAAGUGAAGCAACGUAUAGAUUUAGAAAUUGCGAUUCCAUCUUUGCAAAGCUGGGACUUCGCCCCUCAGUAUUUUCGGAAGUGAAGUGACGUAUAAAUUUAGAAGUUAGUAUUCUAUCAUUACAAAGCUGAGAUUUCACCCUUCAGUACUUUAGGAAGUGAAGCAACGUAUAGAUUUAGAAAUUGCGAUUCCAUCUUUGCAAAGCUGGGACUUCGCCCCUCAGUAUUUUCGGAAGUGAAGUGACGUAUAAAUUUAGAAGUUAGUAUUCUAUCAUUACAAAGCUGAGAUUUCACCCUUCAGUACUUUAGGAAGUGAAGCAACGUAUAGAUUUAGAAAUUGCGAUUCCAUCUUUGCAAAGCUGGGACUUCGCCCCUCAGUAUUUUCGGAAGUGAAGUGACGUAUAAAUUUAGAAGUUAGUAUUCUAUCAUUACAAAGCUGAGAUUUCACCCUUCAGUACUUUAGGAAGUGAAGCAACGUAUAGAUUUAGAAAUUGCGAUUCCAUCUUUGCAAAGCUGGGACUUCGCCCCUCAGUAUUUUCGGAAGUGAAGUGACGUAUAAAUUUAGAAGUUAGUAUUCUAUCAUUACAAAGCUGAGAUUUCACCCUUCAGUACUUUAGGAAGUGAAGCAACGUAUAGAUUUAGAAAUUGCGAUUCCAUCUUUGCAAAGCUGGGACUUCGCCCCUCAGUAUUUUCGGAAGUGAAGUGACGUAUAAAUUUAGAAGUUAGUAUUCUAUCAUUACAAAGCUGAGAUUUCACCCUUCAGUACUUUAGGAAGUGAAGCAACGUAUAGAUUUAGAAAUUGCGAUUCCAUCUUUGCAAAGCUGGGACUUCGCCCCUCAGUAUUUUCGGAAGUGAAGUGACGUAUAAAUUUAGAAGUUAGUAUUCUAUCAUUACAAAGCUGAGAUUUCACCCUUCAGUACUUUAGGAAGUGAAGCAACGUAUAGAUUUAGAAAUUGCGAUUCCAUCUUUGCAAAGCUGGGACUUCGCCCCUCAGUAUUUUCGGAAGUGAAGUGACGUAUAAAUUUAGAAGUUAGUAUUCUAUCAUUACAAAGCUGAGAUUUCACCCUUCAGUACUUUAGGAAGUGAAGCAACGUAUAGAUUUAGAAAUUACGAUUCCAUCUUUGCAAAGCUGGGACUUCGCCCCUCAGUAUUUUAGGAAGUGAAGUGACGUAUAAAUUUAGAAGUUAGUAUUCUAUCAUUACAAAUUGAGAUUUCACCCUUCAGUACUUUAGGAAGUGAAGCAACGUAUAGAUUUAGAAAUUACGAUUCCAUCUGUGCAAAGCUGGGACUUCGCCCUUUCGUAUUUUAGAAAGUGAAGUGACGUAUAAAUUUGGAAGUUAGGAUCCUAUCGUUACAAAGCUGAGAUUUCACCCUUCAGUACUUUAGGAAGUGAAGCAACGUAUAUAUUUAGAAAUUACGAUUUCAUCUUUGCAAAGCUGGGACUUGGUCCCUCAGUAUUUUAGGAAGUGAAGUGACGUAUAGAUUUAGAAAUUACAAUCCCAUCUUUGCAAUGCUGAGAUUUCACUCUUCAGUAUUUUAGAAAGCCUUCGCAAAGUUGAGCUUUCGUGGAUGGAAUGAAUUUUUGAAAUUUGCACUUUGGGCUUUGAACUAGAUACAUACUAGUUCUAAUACAGUCUUCUAGGUGUUCAUUUUUGUGAGAUCAGCUAUUAAUAACACGAUUCGGAUACAGCCUUUGGAUGUUCAACGAUUAUUCGAAUAUUGUAUCCGGAUGUUGAAGUAUCCGAAUACUACCCAUCUCAGGAAUUUGUCCAGUCUACGAACGGAUAACAUAUCAGUACUUAUAUUAACACUAUUGAUUUUAUAAAGAAUAUUGGAAAUAGUGAUAAGUUCAAACAUAGUACUAUUAUCAAUUUAUAGUAUCGAUUAAAAGAUUAUGAGAUGACCAAUAAUAGUGAGAAUUUCUUUUUUAUGAGUAAUACAAUAAGUACUAAUUUCCUUUGUAAGUACAUUAGUAACAUUUCCAUUGUACUUUCCGAUAAAAAUUAUUAGUGUAGCUCGUGUAGCAUUGAAACUAACGUUUUAUGAGACAUAUAAAUUGCACCGCGGUUAUCAAACUGUGCUCACUUCAAAAACGUCGCUCUAAUUGGCGCGGUACCAACAUACAAAAAAAAAACAAUCAAGGGGUAUUUGCAUUAACAUCAAGUAAAAAAUAUGAAAAGUAACGUUGCAGAAACUAAAAAUAAUCAACCCACUAUUAAGCAGAAACUAUCAUAUUACUGUGAACAUAUAACAACAGUAACUCAUGCUUUAAUCCUUUGGUUCGUUCUCUACGUGUGGUAUUUGGCUGUCAAAGAUGGGGGUUGGAAUGCUUAUACGAUACAUGCUGUUUUUUAUGUAACAGGGUGGAUGCUAUUGAUGUUGGAGGGCAUAAUAGCAAUAUCUCCUCAUAAUGUCAUCACCAAAUAUGUUUCCCACAAUAGUAAAACUAUCAUACACCUAGUAGCUCAGGUAAUGAGCGCAGGUUUUUGUUUAUACGGAUUCUUUUGGUUGUUCAAAGAGCGCUCAGUGCAUUUUUAUUCGCAUCAUUCAAAAGCUGGACUAGCUUCUCUAAUACUUACACUUCCAACAUUUGUUAAUGGAUUUUCAGCGCUGUUUGCUGUUCAAUUUAAAAGGUUUAUAAGUCCCAGUCUUCAUAAAUUAAUUCACGCUUUUUGUGGAAUUGGAACGUUUGUUGCUGGCACAAUUGCCCUUUAUUUAGCCUUAGAUAAAAGGUGGUAUACAAGCAAAGUCUCUCCCGAUACAGUAAUAUUUACCAAAGUGGUAGUGCUAUUUAGCGUAAUUUGGAAUUUCGUUCAACCUUUACUUACAAGUUUCGAAAGAAUAAAAUAUUUAUUUUAACUUCUUUUCAUUAUAUUAAUCAAACAGUA